UGCUUCCUGUUCCCAAGGUUGAAGCGGAGCUGAGCUGAGUUUCUCACUGUGUGUGUGUGUGUGUGUGUGUGCAUGUGCAUGUGCGUGUGUGCGUGUGUGUGUGUAUAUACGAUAGGGAGAAUGGAUAGAUCGAUGUGGAUGUGAGCUGUCAGAGUGAAGCUGUCUGACUGCAAGAGGCACAAUUCAGCGGCAUCCAGACCUGAAGCCAGGGAAUAACAAUCUCGUCUGACACAGACAGCUGGUGAAUGGAAUCACUGCUUUAGUCGUCGGUGUUGCAACAGGGAUCUCCAUGGCGGGCUGUGUGGACCUCUGCACACCCCGUACACGGCCUGUCCCGGCAGAGGACCAUCGCUACGGCGUCCGCUCCUACCUCCACCUCUUCUACGAGGACUGCACCGGCUCCACGCUUGAGGACGAGGACUCCGACGGGCUGAGGGUGCAGCGAUCGCGCAGUAACUGGCGGCCGGCCCUGUGGAAGGUGGGCCUGUCAGCAGGGACCAUCCUCUUCCUUGUCGGCAUGGCAACAGUCACCACCGGAUACCUGGUGCCCCCAAAGAUCGAGGGCAUUGGAGAGGACGACUUCCUGGUUGUGGACAGGCAGGCGGUGGAGUACAACGAGGCCCUGGAGAUCAGCAAGCUCGUCGGAGCCAUCCUCUUCAGUGUGGGCGGCACGGCGAUCGCGGCCUGCAUCCUGGUCCUCACCGUCUCCAGGCACAUCCCCCGGGACGAGGAGAAACAGUUCUCCCCCAUCCUGAAGGAAGGGCCGGAGCAAAGGCAACCCAAAGCGGUUCUAAAGACUGGGAACACCCAAAUCCCUGUUGGCUUUACGCGGGUGCAAAAUGUCCAACCUAAAACAGGAACAUGAGGAGACCCUCCAAACCCUUCUGGAACAGGUCAUCCCCAUAAUAGGUGACGUCCUCCUCAAAUGGCCACAUUCUCAUACAAUGCCUUUCAUAAGUUCUAGGAGCAGAAUUAGGUCACCCAGCCCAUCAUGUCUACUCUGCCAUUCAAUCAUGGCUGAUCUAUCUUUCUCUCUCAACCCCAUUCUCCUGCCUUCUCCCCAUAACUUCUGACACCCGUACCAACCAAGAAUCUAUCAAUCUCUGCCUUAAAAAUAUCCAUUGACUUGGCCUCUACAGCCUUAUGUGGCAAUGAAUUCCACAGAUUCACCACCCUCUGAUUAAAAAAAAAUCCUCCUCAUCUCCUUCCUAAAGGAAUGUCUUUUUAUUCUAAGGCCAUGACCUCUGGUGUUAGGCUCUCCCACUAGUGGAAACAUCCCCUCCACGUCCACGCUCAGGCCUUUCACUAUUCCGUAAGGUUCAAUGAGGUCGCCCCUCAUUCUUCUAAACAGCAGCGAGUACCGGCCCAGUGCCGUCAAACGCUCAUCAUAUGUUAACCCACUCAUUCCUGGGAUAACUCCCGUAAAACCUCUCUGGACACUCACCAAUGCCAGCACAUCCUUCCUCAUAUAUGGGGCCCAAAAUUGCUAAGAAAUACACAAAAUAAUGUCUGACCAGCACUUUGUAAAGCCUCAGCAUUACAUCCCUGUUUGUGUUUUCUAGUCCUCGAUAUAAAUGUUACUAUUGCAAAUUAACUUUUUGAGAAUCCUGCACCAGCGAUCCCAAAUCCUCGGGAGGGGCAUCUUCAUUAAUGUUGGACCCUAAACCUGUCACCAACCUCUCCCCUCCACCCUACCUCGGAUAGAAACAGGGAAGCUCUAAUCCAAUGGAACUUAGUACCUCCAAAUCUCCUAUGAUAAUGUCCCUUUUUCUUCUAGCUUGUAGCUUGUGGUGCUCUCCAACCUCUAUCACUGACCAUUAGUUGCUCUGCCUUCAGUCUGAAGAAGGGUCCCGACCCGAAACAUCACCCAUCCUUUUUCACCAGAGAUGCUGGCUGACCCGCAGAGUUACUCCAGCACUUUGUGUCUAUCUCUACAGGACUACAAUGAGCUCUAUGACCUGUUCCACAAGGACUAUGGAUAUAUCCUCCAAAGACGCAGUGUUCUAAAGCUGCCCAAUCUUUGUGGACUCCAUCUUCAUCCCAAAUAGAUUUUGUCACAAUGUCACGAGAUAUAAAAAAUGGAAAUACAUGAAUAAAAACGACACAUCACUA